AUGCAUGAGAUAGAAUCUCAAGAAUCAGAUAUUUUUUCUCAAGUUGUUAAAAAGGCAAAAGAUGUUAUAUAUUGUGGAGUAUGUUCUUUUCCUCCUGAGUACUGCGAAUAUGGAAACUUUUCUGGUAAAUGUAUGGAAUGGCUCAAGGAAAAUCAUAUGGAACUUUAUAUUCGACUUUAUUCUCAAGAUCCUUUGAUUAUAGAAAAACAAGAUAUAAUAUUUGAAGAGAAAGAAAAAAUAGAUGAAAGUAAUAAGAUUCGAACAAAAGAAGAGACAAAGGGUUUAAAAAAAACGAAAAAAAAUACGAUUUCGAAGGUACUCAUUAAAAGAGUUGAGAGAAAUAAAAGAAAAUAUGUCGUUAUUGUUCAGGGAUUAGAAUUAUAUGGGAUCGAUGUUAAGAAGGCUUCAAAAUUGCUUGGUAAAAAAUUUGCUACGGGAAGCAGUGUAACUAAAAAUGUUUGUGAUAUUGAUGAACUUGUUAUUCAAGGCGAUCAUAUUGAUGAGAUAUACAAUUAUAUUCUUGAAACAUAUCCAGAAAUACCUGAAGAAAAUAUAGAAUGUUUUAAAGACAAACAAAAAAAAAAGUAA